GGAUCUGUCAGCUCCGAGGCAGAGCUUUCCCAGUACUUCUCGCAUGAUGGUACGAGCCACAUCCAGUUUUCUGAUGCUGUAACAGGCUCCUGUGAUGAAGAACAGCUCCGUCAGAAGAACAGAAACAGUUUGUUGGAUGAUGGUUCUCUUCUUCCUGGCAACCUGACUGCCAGAGAAGCAGGAGUGGCAAAAGCAAAUGGUCUGACUUCUCCUAGUAGUGGCAGAUUGUCCAGCCUUCACAACAAGCACGUGGAGUCUGUCCGACCAAGCAUCCUCAGUGACAGCCCCAAAUCUGCCCGCAGCCCCUUUCAUCGACAGAGGAGGGUUGUUUUCUAUGAUGGUGAUGUUAGUGAUGAUGAUGAAAGUUCCCACUUGCAAAGAAGCCAGAGAGCCAAGAGCCAGGAGGAUGCUGGUGUUGUCAUUACAACCUCGUCUGUAGAAAUGGAUGAUGAAAGCCAGGACAGUGGGUCACCUAGAUAUAGUAGCACAGAGACAUCUUCCCCUGUCUUCAGUAACUCCAUGGAGUCUGCAGACAGAACGCUGGAGCAAAUUGACUCUCCCUUCUUCCCCAUCAUAGCAUUUGAUUACUCAAGUGUGCCUGAAGUUCGUCUUGGCAGCCUGAGUUUGAAGGAGCUCCGCGAAGCACAACUUGAAUCUAAGAGAUCCCCAAAACUUGAACACAGAGCAGUCACGAGAGUCAAAAGCAUGAUGAGCACUGAGUGCCGAAGCCUUCAGAGGCAGAGGAUGGAGGAGCAUGGCUCUUAUAACAAGCCUGUUGCAAGAAUGCUCCCUCACAGCAAGAAGUGUGAAGCACCAGAAGGAGCUGGGCAAGGCCAAAGUGAAAUAGUCACUUUGGUUCGCAAUGAGCACGAGUCAUUUGGCUUGGAUUUGGAAAUCCAGGCCAUGCCCUUAAAGGUUGUUGUCACAGGCCUGCGGCCAGGUGGAGCAGCAGAAAUGGGAUCAAUGGGCAAGAUGGCUGUAGGAGAUGAGAUUACCACCAUCAACAGUAUCCCAGUCAGUAAGAUGACAUACGAGGAAAUCUGCUUGCUUAUGCAGUGUCUUCCCACAUCUGUAACUCUGGAGGUCCAGAAAGUAACACCAGCUGUCAGCAGAUUUGCAAACCUCAUCCUGUCUCCGGGGAUAGACAGUCAAAAUCAAGCCGACGUCAACAGCAUCCUCGAGACUGAGGAACAGCCGAGCGCUGGGAAGCGAGGAGCAGCAGGUUCGCAAGGCGCUGGCUGUGCAGUGGAGAGAACAACAGUGCCACCUGAUGCUACGAGCAGAGACGUGCAAAAAGGUAGCAUGGAAAGCAGCCGCCCUGAGGACUGCAUUGCCAUCCCCGUCACCGAUAUCGAUGACCUGGUCAGCCAAAUGGGUGCUCCCGAGAGCAGGGCUUUGCGCACCCCAUCGCGAGCGGAAAGCCCCCUCAGAGAUGAGUACACCACGAUGUGCUGCUGUGGGACCGACGAAGGCUGUCCCAGUUCUGAGCCACGAGCCACCAAGGAGGAGCUGCUGGAAAAAACUGUGAAAUGUGGAGCUAACGCACAAGGGAUUUUGGGGCUGUCUGUGUUGGACACCAUUAACACGGGCAAACUUUUUACUGUGAAUAAAAACUCAUUAAAUAACUAUUCUAGAAAUUACAGCAGCUUAAAUGAGGAUGAGUUGCCUGCAGCAAACACUCUGGAAGGAAAAAGAAGCGACCCAUUUCCAAAGUCCAUGUAUGGGGCUGCAGAGGAUUCUCACUCGGACACAGAGUCUGUCAUAGAAGCCUUUGAUAGUGCUAAUGAGGUGUUGCUUGGGCCCUGCGCUGCUGCUGCUGCUGCUAACAUCCCUGCAGUCUGUACUGUAAUUGAGUCAGAUGAGGAGCAGAUUGAGAUUUGUUGCAUGAACAAUGAGCCGCAAAAGCCCACACAGGAGCAGCAUCUCACAUCUGCAAGACGAUCAUCCUCUGUGUCCUCACUGCACCCUUACAGCAGCAAGGGUUUACAAACUGAGGGCUGUGCAAUGUGUGGGUCACUGGAGACAAGCAUCAACAAACUAAGCUUGGAAGAUCAUGGUGGUUCCACUCCAUGUCCUUCACAGUGUUCAGAUGUGUCUUCUGCAUCCUCGUGUUCUCCUGCCUCAGUUUUCCUGCCAGAAAAAGACAUCCUAAAGAAUUCAGACAGUAUCCCUGAAGUUUACUCUUUCUGUAACAACGGUGCCUUAAGUACAGAAGAACAGAUGGGUUUGGGGAACAGUAACAGACGUAUGAAAUGCUGUGAAACCAUUGAAGAGGAAGGGUCUCUGCACUGCAAAAAGAUAAGCUUCUGCUCUGCUAGAAAUGUCAGUGGCUUGGAGAAAAACUUGCUUGAGAAAGAAGGAUAUCAUGAUGAGCAGAGAUCCAAAUCUGAAAGUGAAAUGGUGGUUGAUGACUGUAAUCAUGCCGUUAGUUAUUGCUUAGUGAAGAAAGAAGCCAACAGUUUGUCCAACUUAUGUAAAACAGACAGCAAUCAUGUGAAUGCAUCGUUAUCAAGAGCAGUAUCUCUCAGGUCUCCUUUUCCCACUAAAUCUAAAGAUCCAAAGGCUAAUACAACUCAUGAGUUGCCAGGAAAAAACGAGAAAAUUAACUCUGUGACUUCAGGAAGGACUUCAAAUGGAAAAGUCCAAAGCUCAGGCACAAAUCACUGCAAAGGAGCUGCAGUACCGCACAGCCCAUCCUCACAGAAGAAAUCCUGUCAGGAAUCUAAAGGAAUGGCACAAAAAAGUAUAAUGGACACUCUUUUAAAUAACCAGAAAGCCAAAGCAGGACCAAAGCUAAAAGGGUUCACCAUCAAAGGCAAAGCAAAGUCAAAUUCAGAUUCUUCUGGCAUUAAUCCUACCAAAGUCAGUGGGAUGAGUGGGGUUGAUCAGAAAAGGACUUCUGGUUCUCCGCAGCUGUCCCCCAAACUCAUGGGGAAGAAAACACCGUUGUCCCGUAGUUCACCUACAAACCCAGAUCCUGGCAAGAGCAUUUCAGCAGCCUCAAGGACUCUGAAGUCAGAGCUAGAAAAUAAACCAUCUCUGGUCAUUUCUGAAGAUUCACUUCUGCCUCUCCUGAAUGGCACCAGCAGCCCAACAGCGAGCGGUGAAAUGAAAUGUGGCUCUGGGGAGCUAACAGACCUGCAGCAGGCGUGGGGAAAGACAAAAGAAAAACAAGUGUCCAUGCAGCCUGCAGUGUGUCAGGGUAAGGGUGCUAAGGUGGAUGAUUUCAGAGCCAGAGACAGUCAGUCCAAAGUCACUUCAUCUCGUCAGGGGAUACCAAAAGUUGAAUAUAUGAAAGGGAGGACUGAGAACCCUGGAGCAGGCCUGAAUGCAAUUAAGAGCAUCUAUAGUGCGGAUGACCUUAGGCAAUUAGAUCAGCAAAAUGUAGGACCAUCUGCUUCAUUCAGGUCCCCCUCAGCUCAGCAGGAGCAGCUGGAAGGGCAGGAGGUCCAGCGCACUUUCAUUGAGGUGAAGCUUUCCUCCUCAACAUCAUCCUCUUCUUCCUCUGCCUCUUCCUCACCAGCAUCAUUUUUACAGCUGCCAUUGAUGGAGAAAACAGAAGAGGUGAACACAGAAGUGCCUCGUCUGGCUGAGGAAAUGGGGACCAUGCCGUAUUUCUCAAAAGCAGAUACUGCUGCAGACAGAAGUCUCUGUGGCCUGUCAAAACCUGUGACAAGGACUUACUCGAUGCCAGCCCAGUUAUCAGGUCACUUGAGGGAGGAAUGCCAUGUUGCAGAGGUUAAUCCUGUACAAGGCCCCCAGGGUCAUGCUGUAGAGGAGAAAUAUCCCCAGGCAGCGACGGGGAUGUUAAAGACAGUCCAUCUGAACCUUCCAAAUGGCCAGAAGGAGCAGGCAUACACCUCCAAGAGCACCCAGAGGGUCCAUGACACGGCCCCCUCAGCCAGUGACAUUAGCUGCCCCACUAUUGAUAAGCUGAGGAGCUUCAGGAGGAAUUACUACUACUAUGAGCUGAACUGGCCACAUGAACCUAUCUCAUCCUUCUCCGUCAAACAGAGGAUCAAAUCCUUUGAAAACCUGGCGAAUUUCGACCGGCCCAUCGUGAAGGCCAUCGAUAUACACUCGGCCAUGAGGUCCCCCCUUGCCAGGAGGUCGUGUGGUGGGAUGGCCCCCACAGCCAGUCCCACUGAGACACCACGGGCUUUGCGGCGCAGCUUGAGCUCCUAUGGCGGCAGCCCGAGCCCAGCCAGCACCAUGGCCAAGGCUCCCUCCGGCGCAGAGCCCGUGCGUGCGGCAGAGAGCAGCAGGGGGGAAGGAAGGCCCCAGAGGAGUGAGGGUGGUGGCGCUGGGGCAGACACAACAGCCUUUCCCCUCCCCCUGUCCCGCUCCAGGCUGCGGGAGCUGAGGGCCCUCAGCAUGCCCGACCUGGACAAGCUGUGUGAAGACUUCUCCGGGCCACCACAGCCUGCCUGCUUCAAGACGGAGCUGGAGAUCACCCCCCGCAGAGCCCUCGGCGUGUCCGCCCCAGGUGACACAGCCCCAGCAGCCCGCAGUGGCGCCGGGGUGGGAACGGGAACGGGUGCCAGCAGCCCUCAGGACAGCGGCUCGGGAUCACCGGGGUCUGCAUCGGAUGAUGACAUGCCCCACGGCAGCUCUCCGGAUGGGGACCGCUCUGAGAACAGCUGGUCCAUCAGCUUGGAUCAGCUGCUCGUCUCAACCCUGGACCAGCAAAAACUGCAGUCUGUUUUGUCAGCAGUAGUACCAAAAUGUGACGUUGCUGCUAUGCUCCAGGAAGUCAAAGCACAAGUAAAGAGCAAAGAAGACGCAUACUUUGUAGUCUUGCACAAAGAAGAAGGAGCUGGCCUGGGAUUUAGUGUUGCUGGAGGAACAGAUCUGGAACAGAAAUUGGUCACAGUCCACAGGGUGUUUUCAAAGGGAGUGGCAUCUCAAGAAGGGACUAUUCAUCGAGGAGAUCUUGUUCUGUCAAUCAAUGGCAAGUCUCUUGAGAACUCAGUCCAUGGGGAUGUCUUGAAUACUCUUCAUCAGGCGAGACUAUACAGAUAUGCGGUCAUUGUCAUCCAGAAGGAAAAAGACAAAGCAAACAAUUCCUCCAGACUUGAGAUAUCAGCUACUGGCAGAAAAUGUGUGGGGUCUGGAAAGGAUGUUUCCAUGGAAAUAGGAACAGAUCCAAACCUGGAUAUGAAUGAUGUCAUCUGCGUUGAAUUACUGAAAACCUCUGCUGGCUUGGGAUUCAGUCUUGAUGGUGGAAAAGCUUCCAUUGCUGGAGAUAGGCCCUUGCUUGUGAAAAGAAUAUUUAAAGGUGGUGCUGCGGAGCAGUCUGGAAACAUAGAAAGUGGAGACGAAAUUCUUGCUGUUAGUGGAAAAUCGUUACUUGGCCUCAUGCAUUACGAUGCCUGGAACAUUAUUAAAUCUGUGCCAGAGGGCCCUGUUCAGUUACUAAUCAGAAAACACAGAACUUCAGUGUGA